CCCAGCACCAGAAAAUCACUCAACCGUUCCCUUGCCUUCUUUUUCUCUCAUCACUUGUAAGCCAAUAUCAUGGCCAACGAUGAUGGGUCAGCAAACACCAAUCAAUCCUUGGUGUCAGGAGGCUCCAAAACUACCACACAAAUCGUCACUUUGCAGAGUGACACCUCCAACUUCUCCGCAGGAAUCAAACUGGAUGAGAAUAAUUAUUCUCUAUGGCAUCAAAUCAUAGAGAUGAAGAUAGCUGGGCGAGAAAAACAUGGCCACUUGACCGGUGAUAUUGCCCAACCUGCAGACACAGAUCCCACAUUUAAUAAAUGGCGUGCAUCGGAUUGCCAAGUCAAGAGUUGGUUGUUCGACGCCAUGCAACCUAAUCAGAUUAAACGAUUUAUUCGUUAUGACACAGCAAAGCAAGUCUGGGCUGCAAUCAAGCAAACCUAUUCAGAUGGUGCUGAUGAAGCCAAGAUUUAUGACCUUCACAGACGGUCAUUCAUAAUGAAGCAAGCUGGCGCAUCAGUUGCCAAAUAUUACAGUGAGCUCACUGAGAUUUUUCAGGAGCUUGAUCAAUUAAGUCCAAGCACCAUGGAGCAUCCGAAAGACAUUGAGACUAGACGCAAAGAGGUUGAUCGUCUCCGAGUUUAUAUAUUUCUUGCAGGUUUGGACAAUAAUUUCGAUCAAAUCCGAGGAGAGAUUUUGCGGAUGGAGCCAAAACCCGAACUGGAGGCCGCAUAUGCACAUAUUAAAAGAGAAAGUAACCGACAGGGAACCAUGUCUGAAGUUGGUGUAACCUCCGAAGCCACGGCCUUGGCUACUGCGAGGUCCAGACAAUCUCGGCCGAACAACUAUAGUGUCGACCUUACUCGUAACCGGCUUCCAAUGAAGUGUACCAAAUGUGGUUUAGAUAACCACACAAUUAAGGGCUGUUAUGAGAUCAUUGGUUAUCCAGAAGGAUGGGUCCACAAAGGGCGAAAAAAGGAUUCUACCAGAGCCUCAUUUGCAUCCGCUCAGUCAUCCGAGGAGACUGCAUCAGAACCUCCAUCAGGUACAUCUGGCUCCAAGGCCUUGGCCACCUCAGGAUCUUCUCACCAGGACCGUGAUUGGAUGUGGUACUAGGAGAGGAAAGUUGUAUUAUCUGGACUUGACAGAAGACAGCAGUACAAGAUUGAGUCAGACACAUCAUGUGAAAGGAGAUGAGUCUAUCAGGAUGAAGAAAAUUUGGCUAUGGCAUAGACGAUUAGGGCAUGCUUCUUUUGGUUAUCUGAAACUUUUAUUUCCAGAUUUGUUUUCCCAGUUUGCUGAAUCAGACUUUCAUUGUGAAACUUGCAUUUUGGCCAAAAGCCAUCGUAUUUCUUACCCAUUAAGAUUGAAUAAAAGUUCUUUGCCUUUCAUGAUUGUCCA